AGUUUUAUUUUACCCACUUCACUGUCACUCCGUAAUACAAUUGCAGGCUUACCACACGCGAUUUCCAAAAACGAACUGUUCCAUUCCAUCCCAGUUGCUUUCUCCAUGUCGCCCAAUUUUGCAAUAUUCCCUUUCAGAUUCCCAAUAUUAUACACACAUUUUGUCGCAUUUUGCUUCCAUGCUGGGGUUUCUUUCAUUACCCAUUAGAUUUCCCCUUUCUCCUGUAUACCUUGCUUUGAUUCUUCUCUUUUUUCCCCCUUGAUUUCUUCAAUUCUUGUUUCUGGGUUUUGUCUGAUCCUACAACACUUCUUCAGUAAUUCUACACUUUUUGGAGAAAAAUUGUAAAGUGGGGUUUUCCAGAAAACUUUGAAUCUUGAAGGGUGGGUUCACAAUCAAGAAAAAGGUGAGAUCUUUUGUAUUUUUUGGGCUUAAACCCCCUUUUUAAUUUUACGAAUCUUUUUUGUAUUCCUGGGCCCAUUUUAGAAUUCUUUUCUUUACCUUAUAUGAUUGCUUAAUUUGGUUGGAUUGGGGUUUGUCUCCUUGUAAAGAAUCAUUGCACAAUUUGGAGUAAUACCGAUGCCAAUUUUCUUCAAAAGAGGAAGAAAUUGUGUGCGUUUUUUUGGAGUGAUUGGAAAUCGUUCUAUUUUUGAUGGAUUUCUAUUAUGAGUAUCUGAAUUGGUAGCUAUUUUUUGAUGGGAUUUGGUUUGGCUGUCAAUGUCAUUUCUUUUGUGUAACAAAGAAGAUUAUAAGGUGAUUUUUUGAUUAGUUGUUUUGGUGCAAUAAUAAUAAUAAUUGGGUGGUGUUCUACUUGACACUUGAUUUGACUGCCUGGUAAUUUGGUGUGUAUAAAUGGCGGGGGGUGGUAUAGAUAUAUCGAAGUAUGGUCAAUGUCCGGUUCACAAGGCGAUUGUCACAAAAGACCAUGCAGCUCUCCGGAAAAUACUGUCCGGCCUACCUCGGCUUUCUGACCCUGCAGAAAUUCGCUCUGAAGCAGCUUCUUUGGCUGAGGAGGCGAAAGCUGAUGCCAUUUCGUUAGUGGUUGAUAGGCGUGAUAAUGUCCCUAAUCGAGACACCCCCCUUCACCUGGCGGUGAAGCUCAGUGAUGAGACUGCGACGGAGAUGCUUAUGAUUGCUGGUGCUGAUUGGAGUUUGCAGAAUGAGCAGGGGUGGAGCGCGCUGCAGGAAGCAAUAUGCAGUAGACAUGAAAGUGUUGCAAAGAUUAUAGUUCGGCAUUACCAGCCAUUGGCUUGGGCUAAAUGGUGUAGAAGGUUGCCUAGGUUAGUUGCAACUAUGAGGAGGAUGAGGGACUUUUAUAUGGAGAUUACAUUCCAUUUUGAGAGUUCAGUGAUUCCUUUUAUUUCUAGGAUUGCCCCUUCUGACACCUAUAAGAUCUGGAAGACAGGUGCCAAUUUGAGGGCAGACAUGACAUUGGCUGGGUUUGACGGUUUUCGUAUCCAACGUUCUGAUCAGAGUGUUAUUUUUCUUGGAGAAGGAUCUGAGGAUGGAAAGUUACCUCCUGGAUCACUUUGUAUAAUUAAUCACAAAGAUAAGGAGAUAAUGAAUGCACUUGAUGGUGCUGGUGCUCAAGCUUCUGAAGCGGAGGUACAGCAAGAAGUGGCUUCUAUGUCGCAGACCAAUAUAUUUAGGCCUGGGAUUGAUGUAACUGAGGCUGUGCUUUUGCCACAGCUCACGUGGAGACGCCAAGAGAAAUCAGAAACAGUUGGUCAAUGGAAAGCGAAGGUGUACGAGAUGCACAAUGUGGUGGUCAGUAUUAAAUCAAGGAAGGUCCCUGGGGCUAUGACUGAUGACGAGUUCUUCUCUUCGUGCAAUGAUAACGAAACAGAUAGUGAAGAACUCAAUGAGAUUUUGUCAGAGGAGGAAAGAAAACAACUUGAACUUGUGCUUAAGGCGGAUUCUUAUGAAGGGACGACUGAGGGUGGUGGUGGUGGUGGUGAAGGGAUCAUUGCACAUCGCCACAGUUGUCAUGAAUCCAGGGAUAUUCCCAUUGAGGAUGUUAAUGGAUGUAAUAAUGUAGACAACAAACAUGAGAAGAAAGGAUGGUUUGGUGGUUGGAGGAAGCGGGACCAGAAGUAUGAAGGACAAAAGAAACUUGUUCCUCCGAGAAACUCCCUUUCUGUUGAUGAGAAAAGGGGUGAUGUUGGCAACAAUUCUCCCUCUAGAAAUCCAGUUAAACCUGGAAGACAUUCCGUUGACGCUGUAAGGGCGGAUGAGUCACAUAGAGGGAGGGACAAGAAAACAUCUUCAUCGGGAAAUGUUGAGAAUGGCAAUCGUCACAAAGAUGGUGGUCAGGAGAAUGAAUAUAAAAAAGGAGUAAGGCCAAUUCUUUGGCUAUCUUCUACCUUCCCACUACGUACGGAGGAGCUCUUACCAUUGCUCGACAUUCUAGCCAACAAGGUGAAGGCAAUUCGGCGUCUUAGAGAACUGUUAACUACAAAACUUCCUCUAGGAACAUUUCCUGUCAAGGUUGCUAUCCCAGUGGUCCCUACAAUCAGAGUAUUGGUAACUUUUACAAAGUUUGAGGAACUACAACCUAGUGAGGAGUUCUCAACACCACCUUCAAGUCCAACAGCUGUUUCUGAUGCGAGUCUAGCAGUAAGCAAUGCUCCGAGUUCCUCCUGGUUCAGAUGGGUUAAAGCUCCUUACCAGCACACAUCCUCAUCAACUGAUACUACUACUACUUCCAGUAACAGGACUGAGAAUAGUCAAGACCCUUUUGCUAUCCCUUUGGGCUAUGUUUGGAUUACUGCUGAGGAAAAGAAAAAAAAGAUGGAAGAGAAGAACAAAUCUAAGAAAGGGAAAAACAAACAACAACCCUAAUCUGGCACAUUAACUGAAAGGGUGGGUAUACAUAGCUGACAAAACAGGAAUUCUCGAAAGAGCAGAACAGCACAUUCAGUUACAGUUACCAUGUAGAUAAGUAGGACUGCUGGCCAAGUUUCCUGCUCUGUUUAAAGGAUUCAAAGGAAUGAUAGUUACUACUGCAAAUCUGGGUGUUUAACUAUAGUUACAACUUUGUCGCAGUUGUUGCUGUUUAUGCAAAGUUGGCGUGCAAUUGGUUUAUACUCCGUAAUUAAGGGAAUUACAUUAACAAAAUUUUCAAGUUGUAUUCUUUUUCGACUGGUAUAUUAUCAGUCUAAUAAUUUCGUUGCUUUUGUGUUGGAGAAAGGAGCACUGUUCUUUGACAUUUUUCUGCUGAAUCCAAACUAUGCUUGGAAAUGAGUACAGUAUACUUUUCUAAUUCAGUAAUUUGCUUAAUUUGGUUCACCAGGUUGCUAGAAA